AUAACAAUCAACUACUUAAUCCACCCAACCAGAUGUCAAUCGUAUCUCUUCUUGGUAUAGAAGUCCUCAAUAACCCGGCAAAAUUUACCGACCCGUACGAAUUUGAAAUCACCUUUGAAUGUCUUGAACUGCUCAAGGACGAUUUAGAAUGGAAACUCACUUAUGUUGGUUCAUCCCGUUCGCUUGACCACGAUCAAGAGCUUGAUUCUAUAUUGGUUGGUCCUGUUCCUGUGGGGAUCAACAAGUUUUUAUUCACGGCCGACCCGCCAUCUCCGGAAUUGAUCCCUGCUAGUGAAUUGGUCAGUGUUACCGUUAUCUUGUUGAGUUGUAGCUAUGCCGAUCGUGAGUUUGUAAGAGUAGGAUACUAUGUUAAUAAUGAGUAUGAUACGGAAGAGUUGAGAGAAAAUCCACCGGCCAAGAUUCAAGUGGAGCAUGUCGUGAGAAAUAUAUUGGCUGAAAAACCAAGAGUCACCAGGUUUAAUAUUGUUUGGGAUAACGAAGAUGGUAAUAGUGAACAAUAUCCUCCAGAACAAAAUGUAGAAGAGGAAGACGAAGAAGAGGACGAAGAAGAGGACGAAGAGGAGGACGAAGAGGAAGAGGAAGAAGAAGAAGGUGAAGAGGAUAUUGACGUUGACAUUGAGGGCGAAGAAGAAAUACUGACUCCGGCAGAUGAUCCUCGGGGAGGAAUUAAUGGUGAGGAAGAAGUAGAAGAAGAAGAAGACAUAGAUCUUGAAGUCGAAGAAGAACCUGAAGGUGAGCAAGAAGAUGCGGAGGAAGACGAAGCUAAUACUCCGCGUGAUAAAUAGAAUUUUAUAGUUUCUCCAAAAUAACCCUUUGUGUAUUAAUAUCUAUCUAAUAGACCUUCAUUAUGU